UCACUGUUGUUUUGACGUAAGAGGUCUCAUUACGUCUUGAUCGAACAAAAUAAUUUGGUUAUCUCGUGGUUCUUCGACACUUGUUUGAAAAUGUACCAAACAUUCCUCGGUGCCAUGGCUAUAUUAAUGAUGAUAGAAAUGAACAUCUCUCUGACCACCGAUUGGUGGUGGGGAGCGAAAGAUCCAUUUGGUCCAUAUCCGAGAAUACCGAAUAAAGAUUUGGUCAAGAGAGAAAUUGCAUUCGCAGAAGAGUGCAGGAAAUUUAUGACUGCACCUAAAGAUGAAUGGUAUUAGAGGAACUUCAUUAACUUUAAUUAUAAUACAGUGAAUAUGUAUACGUUUUUUC